AAACAUGCAUGGCUCUCACCACCAUCAACGUCAGCCAAAGGCUAGCACAUCAUCAAAUCAGGCCUGGUCUUUGGCGCAACAGUCCUCAUUGGUAGCAUCCACAGGUCGUUCAGCGUUGAACAAUCCUUAUGCGUCUACAUAUUCGUCUCAUUAUACCCAAACUUAUUCACGAUACUCGACGUCAGUGCCUUACACGAACCCCGAAGGAUUCACAUACUCCUCCACAUAUAACCCAGCCCUUAGUUACAGCAACGCCUCGGCGAACAUCUACACCCCUCCAUCUGCUCCGUCCAGUCACUUGAGCCCAACGCGCAGUUUUCCUCUCUCAAGCAACUCAAGUUGGUAUCAAGCGGGAAGUAGUAGGUGCACGUAUAAACAAUGCACUUUUACGGGUUCUGCCAAAAGUGUCGAGAUACAUAUGGCAGAUCGACAUUUAAUCUAUCCUCCUAAUUGGGAGAAACUAGAUAAAAAAUCAAACUGGGACGCUGACCCCAGUCUAAAAGGAAAAGUUAUUCCCAUACAGGGAACUAAUAUCACUCUCGAAACACACGAAGCCAUUGAUAAUUGGGUUGCAGAACGGAAAAAGAGAUGGCCGACGUCUACUUUGAUACAGGAGAAGAAACGAAAGUUGGAGGACGCUGCUGCUCGCGGAGAACUUUCUGUAGAAGAAUUGGGACUGUUUGGUAAAAAACGGAAAUUCCAAGGAGAUGGAGAUCUAUCCAGAGGGAGGACUAAGCGAGGACGUGCAAGGGGACCAGAUUUAGGAGAGCAUGCUACAAUAACUAAAGUGGUACCCCGACAUCCUCUACCAAAGAAGCCCGUAACGGAGGCAUGUCCUUCAGGCGGCGAGAGCAGUGAUGACGGAGCUCCAGAGUCUAUGCCUGUCCGUCCACCCCCAGAUGAGCUUCCUAAUUCUCCCGUUACCCCUGCAAUGGCUGCGCCGGUAGAGCAAUUAAAGGACACCAGAAGUACUGCCAAUGGAACAGGAUCCCUCAAGAAGAGAUCGAUCCAGCCCAAGGACGCGCCACACAUCCCUUUUGGUCCUAAAUCCAAUUUGCUACGGAAUUUGUUACUCCCCGAGAUUCGAAUAACGGUUUCAAACCUGUCUCAAGCCAUUCGGUUUAUCGUAGAUAACGAUUUUUUCAACGGCGUCGAGUUGAAACCUGGUGAGGCCAAUGAAAAGAAGAUCGAGGUAAUUGAGGCCAAAGACCAACCAGAUCCUUCGCACAGUAAAGGACGGAAUUGA